GCUGUUUCGGGAUGAUGAGAAGGCUCAGUACCAGGAGCAGGGGCGACACCUUAUUCCUUGGAUGGGAGACCCCAAGAUCAUGAUCGAUAGGUCGGUGUAACACAACCCCCAGACUGUGCUGCGAGAUCUGCUGUGAUAGCCUCUUUUUGUUUCCCCCCUUGUGCUGUGGGCAGUGAGGGCGGGGGUUGAGGAGAGGGCUCGCUCCGGCAGGCGCGUCGGGACCUUCCGUGGCGGGGCUGGAGGCAGCUCCCGGCACAGCACUCCGAGGGUGCUCUGGUAACGCUGCAGGCCGCCCCCCGCCCCCCUCCACCCCUGUCUGCGGGAACUUGGGGUUUCCCUCUCUGGCAGCGUUGGGAGAUUCCUCUCCUCCUGGCAGUCAGUGUGUGAUGUGUCUUUCUGCUCCACUUGGCAAGGCAAGGUCGGCAGGGUGGAGAGUGGGAAUGAUCUGUUCCUUUUCAGUGCAAACCACAAACAUCCUAUUUUCUGACCUGGAAUCCAAGGGAGCCUGAUUGCAUGGGAGUACUUACUAGGCACAUUGUAUGUUCUGUAGGUGAGAACGGGGCAGUGGGGGGAGUGGAAAGGUGUUUAUCCACCUUAAAGGAAAUGGGGAUUUCUUAUUUCUCCUACAUAAUCUGGCUGCAGGCUGUUGAUGGGACACACUAAAAGCAGUUCUUGGCCUGUUUACUUUUCCCGGUGCUGUGAUUUACUGUAUUAGACAGAAUGGAUUUGAUUUUGGGUGCUCUUGAAAUUUUGCUCUUGAAAUUUUAUGCUAGGGCUGGCUUCUUUUGGUUGUUGUGCCAGGUCCAGGUUCGUGGCCAGAGAGAGUAAUAGAAUCUGCUUUGAUGUUCCUCCUGAUCUCUUUGAUUUGUUUCAGCAGUACAGGGUGGGAUUGGGAAAUAAAUUCAUUCAGAGUUAUCUGAAUAUAUUGCUGGAGAGAGGGAACAUGGGAGGUCAGGUUGGUUAUGUUUGAGUGGAGCACUGAAAGAAUAAUUUAAGAGUUAUGGGUGACCCUGAAAACCUCAGUGGGAAAGAUGGAAGGAUUUUGGUUUGAGAAGGGUCACAUGGCAUACUAUAGAUAUGUAUUCCCUCAGUUUCAUCACUGCUUUGGUGCUAGACAGGAUUUUAUUUUGACUUAAGAGCUGUAUUUGUCUUGGAAAAAUGUCAGUAAGGAAAGGUCUUUUGAUUUCCUUCCAUAAGACUGGAGAGAAAAAAGAAAUGCCCUUGCACUAUUUCGGUGCUUACGCCAUUAAUGAUGGUUAUUAUUGAAAUAAAUUUUUUAAAUUGGAAUAGACACAAAAGCAGGACAAAACAGCCAUAAAUGUUUGUAGCUAUGUUUCAUUUCUCACUUACACAACGAUGGAAGUGUUGUGUUGCACACUUCUAGUCCAAAUCAUUUCUGUGACUGAUCUCAUUUGUAAGUAGAGGCCAUUUUUGGGGUGAUGUGCAGCAGAGCCCUGUUCACAGGUGUUACAGAAAUUGUAGGGAGCAAACACUAAGUAUGUGCAUGUCUGUACACACAUACUGAAAUACCAAAUAACGUACAUUUGUGAGUUAAGGCAGCUUGCAAUUGCUAAUCUUACAAACUCCUUUGGAAGCUUAGAUUCCUUUUAUCUCCAGCAGCAGGAAGUCUUCAUUUUCACCAUUUUGAGAAAAGCACAUUGCUAUGAGAAGACUUGGGUUCAAGUUUGCCUGUGGACAGAGCUUGAUUAACCAGACCUAUGUUUCAUUUGCUUUUUGCUAUAAGAAUAUUUACUUUCUUUGUUUUUGGUCUAGCAAGUUGGCACAAGUCAAGAAUUGUGUGUGGGAAGACACCUCAGCGGAGUCAAGUUUACUGUCACUUUACUUUCCAAUCAGUUUCUCUUACUGAUGCAUAAACAUUAUCCCAAUGCAGUGCUUUUCCUGCAAAUAAAGUGAUUUCUUAGUAGAAAGGAACUGUACAUCAUUGAUCUUUGCUGAUUUUGCGGUGAACCUCCUUAAAUUGCAUGUUUAUGUUACUGUUCCUAUGUAUGUGUGUCUCUCUAUCACAUAACCCAGAACUUAUUUCCUCAGCCAAAUGGCUAGGGGCCGAGCCUAGCCAUGAUUUUACCUCCAAUGGACGCAAGUUUCUAUGGUGAAGAUUUCUCCUGAGAGUUCGGGACUAGCAGAAAGAAGCGAGGAAAUUUCGACCGUUUGGUUCUUACGGAUAGGUAUUUAUGUACUCGGGUUUGUGUGAAUGUAAGCUAUUUGACUUUCCAGAAAAACGUAUUUUGCAAGUGACAUUGAUUGGUUGGUUGAAGCACGUACGGUAAGAGCUGUUAAGGAAAUGGAUCCCAUUUAAACUAUUAAAGGAUACCUUUGCCUUUAAUUGUAAUAAUUUAUUAGUUUCUUUGAGAGGAAUUUAGACUAUUAAACAAAUUUUCGAUAGUUGGUGACAAAUGAUUAGCAAAAUUAAUUGUAACUUCUAAAAGGGAGUAUGCAUUAACGUAUAAGUAUUUUUUUUUUUCAUUUUUAUUGGGUAAGUAUUUAAGUAAUCGCAUAAACCCAAGCCCUAAGUUCUUUGCAUUGACCAGCUGUUUCAUCCUGCAGGUAUGAUGGGCGUGGUCACCUGCAUGACCUUUCUGAAUAUGAUGCUGAAUAUUCCACCUGGAACAGAGAUUAUCAAUUGUCCGAAGAGGAGGCUAGAAUAGAAGCCCUCUGUGAUGAAGAGAGAGGAGGAAUAUAAAAGACUCAGUGAAGCUUUGGCAGAAGAUGGUACCUAUAAUGCAGUGGGAUUCCGUUAUGGCAGUGAUUAUUAUGACCCUUCAGAACCCACUGAAGAGGAGGAGCAUCAGCCUUCAAAACAAAGAGAAACAGCUCAGACAGAAAAUACAGAGGAAAAUGAAGAACCUUUUGUUGCGCCUCCGGGACUGAAUGUACCUUCUGAUGUGGAACUGCCACCAACAGCAAAAAUGCAUGCGAUCAUUGAGCGAACUGCAAACUUUGUGUGCAAGCAAGGAGCCCAGUUUGAGAUCAUGCUGAAAGCCAAGCAAGCACGCAACUCCCAGUUUGACUUUCUGCGGUUUGAUCACUACCUCAACCCCUACUACAAGUUCAUCCAGAAGGCCAUGAAAGAGGGACGCUACGCGGCUCCUUCGGAAAGUAAAGCUGACGAGAAAAAACACUCGAGAGUGAAAUCUGAGGAAGAUGAUGAUGAUGAUGAUGACGAUGACGGAAAUUAUCUUCAUCCAAGUCUUUUUGCAUCUAAAAAAUGCAGUAGGCUUGAAGAGCUCAUGAAGCCUUUGAAGGUAGUAGACCCUGAUCACCCCCUUGCAGCACUGGUGCGCAAAGCACAAUCAGAUAAUAAUUCGUCUACGCCACAGUCAACAGAUGGGGCAGCUGUGCAGACAUCACAGGCAGAAUAUUCCUCUGACUCAACUGUGGCAGCCAUGUAUUACAGCUACUACAUGCUCCCUGAUGGAACCUAUUGCCUGGCACCUCCACCUCCGGGAAUCGAUGUUGCUGCCUACUACAACGCCCUGCCUGCAGGGGUGACUGUGUCCAGCACUACAGGUGUAGCAACGGUUCCUCCCCCUCCUGGUACAACACCCCCACCUCCCCCAGACACAGCUGACAGCACCAGUGGGUUGACUUCUACCACAACAUCUACAAGCACAAUUACUCCAGUGGUUGCCAUUAUACCUCCACCUCCAGAUAUCCAACCUGUCAUUGACAAGCUAGCUGAGUAUGUUGCUAGGAAUGGGGUAAAAUUUGAAACGAGUGUUCGUGCCAAGAAUGAUCUCAGGUUUGAAUUCCUGCAACCAUGGCACCAGUAUAAUGCUUAUUAUGAAUUUAAAAAACAGUUCUUCCUUCAAAAAGAGAGCGGUGACAACUGCCAGGGAGUGUCUUCCUCUGAAGAUGUUCCAGCAGACACUGCCAGUGAUACACCGAGUGAGACUCAAUUUGUAGAUGAACAUGCACCUGAAGAUGCAUCUGAGCCGAGUGCUAGGGGAGUUCCAGGAACUAAAAAGGAUGUUGUUCCUCCUAAAGCUGUCGGUGAUGGUAAACUGGUGAAAGCAUCCUUUGCUCCAAUAAGCUUUGCGAUCAAGGCCAAAGAAAACGACCUUCUUCCUUUGGAGAAAAACCGUGUUAAAUUAGAUGAUGACAGUGAUGAGGAGGAAGAGGAGGGAAAGGAAGGCCAAGAGAAUGCUAACAGUGCAUCAAACCAUACUCCAGCAGUUACCACUCCUUGUACUGCUCCUGAAGAGAAAAAGCCUCAACUUACACAGGAGGAGUUGGAAGCUAAACAAGCAAAGCAGAAACUGGAGGAUAGAUUAGCAGCUGCAGCAAGGGAGAAGCUUGCACAGGCCUCCAAGGAAUCAAAGGAGAAGCAGCUACAAGCAGAGCGCAAGAGGAAAGCUGCCUUGUUCUUGCAGACCUUGAAAAACCCUCUAGUGGAGGCAGAAACUGAGAAAAUUGAAGAGAAUUCCUUCAGUAGUGAGAGUGUCAGUAGUAUACCAUGUCCUGUGACUGCAGUCAGAACUUUACCCACCUUAGAAGUUAAGCAAGCAGAAAGGCCUUCAAGCAGAAGCAGAGAUCCUCCUAGGGAUGAAGAAAAGGAAAAGAAAAGAAAAAAGCACAAGAAAAGAUCUCGGUCAAGAUCUCGAUCACCAUUCAAGUAUCAUUCAUCAUCUAAAUCCAGGUCUAGAUCACAUUCAAAAGCAAAACACUCACUUCCCACUGCCUAUAGGACUGUCAGGCAUUCAAGGUCACGAUCAAGGUCACCCCGGAGAAGGGCUCACACACCAGAACGACGGAGAGAUGAAAGAAGCGUUCCCACGGCGUAUCGCAUCAGCAAUAGUCCUGGGAACAGCAGGAAGCGGCCCCGCUCCAAAAGUCCCCAUGAAAAGAAGAAGAAGAGGCGGUCUAGAUCACGUACUAAAUCCAGAGCUAGGUCUCCCUCACCAUCCAUGUCACCAGGCAAACCAUCCACACACAAAAAUUCUGUACAUUCAACUAGCGUCUCUCCUGUGGAGAGCAGGGAAUCCAGCCAGGAACGCUCCAGGGGAGUUUCUCAGGAAAAAGAUGGCCAAAUCUCUUCAGCAAUUGUGUCGUCAGUGCAGAGUAAAAUCACUCAGGAUCUUAUGGCCAAAGUGAGAGCAAUGCUUGCAGCUUCCAAAAACAUCCAAACCAGUGCCUCCUGAGACCUCUUGGAACUGGCCAUCAAGAAAUGGUGUGAAAAGAACAAUUGGAAAAAAACUGCCUCAUCUCAAAUGUACAGCUGAGCUUGGCUCUCUUGGUUCACAACUCGCCUAAUUUACCAGAACUCAAGAAGCUAAAACCUAUCUUUCUGUACAGAAGCAUCUCCUUGAAAUUUCAUUAAAUUUUUUCAGCCAGAAUAUCUUUGGAAAGAUUUUGGGUUUUGUAAAUUGAUUUUUUUGACUAAUUCUUCAGUAACAUUUUAUGAUCAGCAAGUCUGUAUGUGUAUAUUUGUAAAUACUAUGUUUCUGUGAAAAGUAUUACACAAUAAUAAAGAAGGAAACAUCUUUCAUUAGCUA